ACGGAGAAAGAGUCCAGGAGGAAAGUCCAGAUAAAAAAACAAGAGGUAGCUCAUUGGCACCAAGAACAUCCCAGUGGCACCAUUUGUUUUGUUGGCAGUCCAGGAUGACAGCCUGGUCAUGGAGGACAGUAGCAGUCUAGAUGACCUCCUCAUGGCCAGCGCCACGGCAGUCGAGGCCGGCGACAUGGUCAAUGCCUCGGCGAUCUUGGAGAAGAUCGACAGCAUCGUCCUGGAUGGCAUCACGUGUGGAAGAUAUGGUGCGGUGGGGAGCUCGUCAUUCGAUCAUCUGGCAUGCUACUUCGCCAGCAGCCUGCGCACCGGCAUCGCCAGAGCGCGCACCGAAUGCCACCCGCUGGCGCUGGCCAGCAGGCUGCCGGCGUACCAGAUGCUGCAGGAGCUGUCGCCGUUCAUCAAGUUCGCGCACUUCACCGCCAAUCAGGCCAUCCUGGAGGCCACCCUGGACGAGGGGGGCGUCCAUGUCGUCGACCUCAACGUUGGGGACGGCGUCCAGUGGUCGUCGCUCAUGUCGGACCUCCUCCGUCACGGCGGCAGCAAGCCGUUCCGCCUCACGGCAGUUGGCAGCACUACUGUGACAGCCACACCUGGACGGUGGCUCUCAGAGUUCGCCGAGUCCCUGGGCCUUCCGUUCCGGUACGACGAGGUGGAGGACCUCCACAAGCUCACCGAGAUCAUCUGUGGUGGAUCGUCAGUGAUCCUCUCGUGCGACGCAACCGGCAUGUCUCACACCCUGGCCAUGGACACGUCGCAGACGCUCCCCCUCCUGACCGGCGUCAUCAAGGUCCUGCAGCCCAAGCUGGUGAUCCUAAUCGAAGACGAGCUGUCUCGCUUAGGCAGGACACCGCCGCCACCCCUCGCCGGUGGCGCUUCCUUUGUUGAGCUCUUCUCUGAGGCGUGGUGCCACUUUGCGGCAGUGCAGGAGUCCCUAGCAAGCUGCUUCUCUGGCGCCGGCUACAAGGCGCGCCUGAGGCUGGUGGAGGAGGAGAUACUGGGACCAAGCAUUGAGGGCGCCAUCACCGCCACGUGGCCACCGCACGGGUCAAUGACAGGUGGGACCGAUGCCGGGCCUGUGGCGUCGAACGGGUUUCCAGGUUCAGGAUAUAGGACCUGUGAAAUUAGUGGUUUUAACAUUGUCCAAGCCAAGAUGCUGGCUGGGCUUUUCAGCAGGGGUUUUGGGGUUUUGCAUGACAAGAAGGGGAGGCUUGCUCUGUGCUGGAAGGACAGGCCUUUGACCUCAGUGUCUGUCUGGAGUCCUGUGUGAGGGUGAGUGAGAGAGAGAGGAGCUAGCUAUGCUGUUCGAUUAGUUUCUUAUUUUCAUUGGUGAGAUCUUAUGAAGUGUUCUUCUUCCUUGGGGGACACUUUGUUGAAAACGAAGCAAGUUUUGUAGUGAAAGAUUUUGCGUUAGAGAGCAGAUAUUCAGAUGUUCCAAUCUAUUUCCAAUCUCCA